AUGUCCUCUUGGUCUGGUUCUUCUUACCCUCCACCUCCCCGCGCCCGUUCGCGCUCUCGCUCUCCCUAUCGUGGCGCCUUUCCUCCGAGGCCUGGGUAUCCUGAGCCUGGGUAUCCUCAGGACACCUACCGUGCCGAUUGGGAGGCUUAUGACAGGGAGCGUGCAUGGGCUACUUACGAGAGGGAAAGAGCUGCGUACGAGUAUAGCAGACGUGGCAGGAGCCGUAGCCCGGGCCCCGACGAAGCUGGCAGGAAGCGCCGGCGCUCGUUAUCGCCUUGGGAGAGGGAAAGGGAAAGGUAUGAGCCGAGACCGCGGUAUGGAGACGACUAUGACACACACUCGCGCGGGCAUGGCGGAUACUCUCCACAUCGAGGACAAUAUCCGCCUCCUCCUCCUCCAUAUGGAUCAUUGCGACGAGCCCCACCCGACCCGCAUACCUUUGAUUAUCCCGCGUCUUUGAAGCAGUACGCAGAGUGGUUCCGGUACUUCUAUCCUCAGCAGGCGACAGAAGAGGAUAAUGCAGACAAGGCGGCCGAACAGGAUGCCGGUGACGGGUCCAAGCCUCGGAAUGGGAUCCGGUCACGCUGGGAGAAGUACAAAAAGGACUUCGCUGCUCAACAGAUACAAAGGAUGUACGAACAUCAUCGCAAGUCUCCUUGGUUUUCGGAGAAGUAUGAUCCCUCCCCGGAGUUCGUGGCGCUGCGCCAGCGGGUCAGGAAGGUCGGCUGGAAGGGCAGAAUGGACGCCUUUCUUCUGGACGUUGAGGCCGGAAAGUACGACCCAGAUCUCAACGAGUUAGAACCAGAGGCCGCUUCUCCGGUUAAAGAGUCAGCGUCCAACGGCGAUGCAGUAGCAGUUAGUGCCGAUGCCGGCGCUGCUCAAACGUCUGCGGAAGAGACGAAGCCCAACGUCAACGCCAGCAGCGCAGAAGACGACAUGCAGUUCAAUGUCGAGCCCGAAGACGACACAGGCGAUCAGGAUGCCAAUCGUCAAGAUACUGGCAAACCCUCCCCCGACAACAGGCGUAACGCACGAGGAGAAGAAUUCUCGGUGCAGCCCGAUGGCAAUCAAGUCAUGAUUCGCACGAUUCCUCCUGACAUAGGACGCGUAAAGUUGGAAGAGGCUUGUGGCAAAAUCCCAGGUUUCGUAUAUCUGGCCUUAGGCGAUCCACUGCAAAAGAGGAACUACUACCGCGCAGGCUGGUUGAAGUUCCGCGACGACGCCGACAUGCCGACUGUCAUGGCUGAGCUCACUGACAAGAAGGUGGGUCAUCGAGGGGUUCAAAUUGCAUGUUGCGCACAAUACGAACCUUUCACGGGUAGGAUACGCUACGCUCCUGAGGUUGCGAGUAAGCCAGAUCGGAUAGCGAAGGAUCUGGCCAAUGCAAAGACACUCGCUGCUUUUUUGGAAGAAGAAUACGAGACUUUGAGGAAGCUGAAGAUCCAAUCGAAGCCAGAGAACGGGAACGAUGCCACUAACGGCGACGCCACGAACCCGGACGUUGCAAUGAGUGAUGCUACUGGUGCUGCUGACGAAGAUCCGGAGCCCAAAGAACGUGGAAGUGAGGCAGUAGAGAGACGAAUCGAAAAAGGUUUGGUUGACCCGGCCGACGAGAAGGCUAUGGAACAGAAGAAGGCGGUGGUGGCGCUCGACUUGUAUCUUGCGUAUCUUCGCGCUGCGUUCCACACAUGCUAUUAUUGCGCAGUAGUAAGCGAUCACAUUGAGGAAUUACAGCGCAAGUGUGUGAAGCACGUGAGGAAGCCCAUGUCAAAAGCUUUGCUGGAGGAGGUGAAAGCUGCCGAAGCCGUACAAGCGCAAAAAGCUGAGGAGGACACGAAGAUCAAAGUUGAGGGGGAAGAGAAGCCGAGGGAGACGGGGAGCAGGGAGAAACCAGAGAACCGUGACUGGAAGCGCAACGACGAACGUUGGUUGGAAUGGUUGGACUCUAAGGUGGCUCUUCUAAUCGACCGAAACGGCGUGGAUCCCCGAGACUACGGUGGCAAGAGUGACGACGAGGAGCUGUCGAAGGCUGCUGAACCCUUUAUCAAGCAAGAGGACGAGGGUAAAUUCAGGUGCAAGACGUGCCAGAAGUUGUUCAAGGCGACUGCAUUCGUGGAGAAGCACAUUGCUAACAAGCAUCCUGAGCUCGUGAAACAGUUAGAAGAGAUACCUUUCUUCAACAACUUUGCGCUUGAUCCUCAUCGUAUACAGCCUUUCGCACAUCCACCUCCUCCUCUCGGCAACAGUCAGGCCCCACCGCCUCAAGCAUAUGGACUGCAAGGGCCUGCGUACCCCGUACCCACGGACUACACACGGGCUCCAUACCCUGCUCCGUAUGGAUAUCCGCCGCCAUACUCGGGUGCUGGAUUAUGGGAUCCGUAUGCGUACCCACACGGUCCCAACGGAUAUCCCGCAGUGCCUCCACGUAGAGAUGAUGGUGUGACGGCCCGCCGGCUGAGCGAUCGCAUAAGUGGUUAUGCGCCUGGCUAUGACCCUGCUAUCGAGGUGCCCCCCGUGCCUGCCUCCGCUGGUCUCCCUGCCAAACCUGUGGCUAUCCUGGAGCCUGGACCAGGUGGGAGGCGGGGCGGACGCAACGGGAGCGUGAGCGGACCGCCUCCCCCACCACCGCCCGAUGCCAAGGAGGACCCCAGAGCGAGUGCGGGGAGGAAGGUUAGUUACCACGACAUGGACCUGGUUGCCGAGGGAGACGUGGAACUACAGUAUUAA